UUUUGUGUUUCUUCGGUGCCCUAGCCGCUUUCUCUCAGCAAUUGCGUUGACCUCUUCAUCUCUGUGAGUUGAUGGAUAAUCAAGUAACAAUCAGAUUUGUUGUGUUUCUUGCUUGAUGGAAAGCCGAUAGAAAGCUACAGUGAAGUUCUAAAUUUUUUGGUGCGUUGGGCAUGAAGGGGCAGUUGACGGAGGCUGUGAGGAGAUGGCCUUAUUGCGUGGUCCUGUUUGAUGAAGUGGAGAAAGCCCAUCCGGCAGUGUUCAAUACUUUGCUGCAAGUUUUGGACGAUGGCAGGCUAACCGACAGGAAAGGUCGUACAGUAGACUUCACGAUCGUCAUGACCUCGAACCUUGGAGCCGAGUAUCCUCUAAGAGGAUUGAGCAGGAAUUGCACCAUGGAAAGCGCUCAUGAGUUGGUGAUGCAAGAGGUGGAAAUAGUCCGAGCCGGAGCUGUUCAACAGCCUAGACGAGAUAGUGGUCUUCAACCCUCUCUCCCACGACCAGCUGAGGUCCAGGUCAAUGUCGUUGUGAAGUGCCUGGCAGACACCAUGGGCGUCACGGAAGCAGCACUUGAUGUCAUACUGGCCAGAGUUAUGAUCUAGUAUAUGGUGCCCCCCUAUACAAAGGUGGCUGGAGAAGGGGGUGGUGACUGAGGUCUUGAAGAUACUGGUGACGGAGGAGAUAUAUGAGAACUCAGCUGUGUUAGUCGACGCCGCAAUAGAUGGAACGCCGCUAACGUACCGGGUUGAGAAGAAUGGAGGGAACAUAGUGACCGGGGAGAAGUUGGAUACAUUGAUCCAGAUCCCUAACGAGGGCUAUCGGAUGUGGCCCGCGCGGUAAAGAGGAUGAAAAUCGAAGAGAUGAAUGAUUCUGUUGAAAAUUGAGUGGGUAUUUUUUGCUAGUUGUUUUUUGGCUGUGUUUUAUGAAUUUUAGAGUAUGAAAAUAAAAAUAAAAUAUUAUUAAUAAUAAUUAUUUAAUAAAAAUGUUGAAUUUUGAAUCAA